CUUCCGGCGGUUUCCCCACAGCUACUGCGUGGGGAGCAUGGGAGCGUGGGAGUUUUGUGGAGGCCUCCGCCUCCUUUGUCGCGUCUCGGCUGGGCGUGGCUUCGUGCCGCUUCUGCCGAGUAGGGCGAGACUGUCAGUGCUCCAGGGCUGCUGAGUGGGUCCGUUUCAAGGCUGUUUUGGAGAAAGAAGCCGAGAUUCUCAAAGGAGCUUGAGGGUUUCGAGGAACCUCAGCGGGGUGUGGAAAGGCCUGGCAGCCGAGAUUCUAGAGACUGUUAUCCCCACUCGAAGUGUUGUCCCAUCGUGGGGACUUGAAGAAGGACCCCUUCGCUUUCCCAGAUGGCGUCCACGCUCCCCGCAUCAGAUGACCAGGGACCACUGUUGUUUGAAGAUCUGGACGUGUAUUUUUCUCAAGAGGAAUGUGUGAGUCUACACCCUGCCCAGAAGACCAACAGUAGAGAAGCCACACUGGAGUGUUUUGAGGAUUUGGAUUUGAUAGGAGGGGAAGACAAGACUGAGAACAAUCAGCAGUUAAGCCUAGAGUCUAUGGAACUUGAAGAGCUGUCCCUAGAAACAUACUCCAUUGCUGCACCCCUUGUCCAUUACUCUGAUAAAUCUGAGGAUGAUGUUGGAACACAUGAAAGCAAAAUGUCAAGUGAAAAUUUAACUUGCAAGACUAAGGUUAUAAGCCUCUUGGUUACUAUUGAAAACCAAACCCCAUUAGUAGAAUUAUCUCAAUGUUUAGGAGUCAAAACACUUUCUGAUAUUAUUGAAGUUCCCUGGGAAGAAGCCAAAAAUGAGUACAAGUGUCCUGACUGUGACCAAAGUUUCAAUGAUAAUACAUACCUUGUUUUGCAUCAGAAAAUUCAUUCAAGAGAGAAAAAGUACAAAUGUAGUACCUGUGAGAAGACCUUCAGUCACAGAACCAACCUGAGGACACAUAAGAGAAUCCACACUGGCGAGAAGCCUUACAAGUGUACCAAGUGUGGAGCCAGCUUCCGGCAGCAGUCACACCUGUCCCGACACAUGAAGAGCCAUAUAAAGGAAAAACCAUAUACAUGUUAUGUAUGUGGGAGAGGUUUUAUGUGGCUCCCAGGAUUGGCAGAACACCAGAAGAGUCAUACUGAUAAAACUUCUUAUCAGUGUGCUGACCGUGAUCAACAUUAUUGUCAGGAAACAAAUCUGGCUUUGCCGGAAAGAGCAGGCUCAUCAGACACUCCAUACCAGCACACACAGUGUGUGAAGAGCCCGGAGCAGCCCUCAUACCCUGCUCUCCCUGAGAAGGACCACGAGGAGGAGUCCAAGAACUGCAGUAUUGAUGACGACGACUUUUUUUCAUUCUCCAGAUUUAAACCCUUACAAUGUCUUGAUUGUGACAUGACUUUUCCUUGUUUCUCGGAGCUUGUUUCUCAUCAAACCAUUCAUGACAUGGAAAAACCUCAUAAAUGUAAAACAUGUGCAAAAACUUUUGCUUUAGAUUCAGAACUUGCAUCCCAUGAGAAGACCCACAUGAGAGAAGAACCUUUCAAAUGUACGGUGUGUGGGAAGAGCUUUAAAGUGAAUAUGCAUCUCAUCACUCAUAAACGAACCCAUAGGAGAAACACCAAGUAAAUACAAGCUUUUGCUGCUACUGUGUGGGCUUUUUAGUAUCUUUAUGAUGGGAAACACUGCUUAUGUGCGGGGCACUAGGCUAAUCAAGCACUUUACACACAUUCCAUGUAAUGUCGGCAGUAUUAUUUAUUACACCUGAUUUAGAACAGAAGAGACUUAACCAAUGUUACAUAGAUAACAUGUGAAGCCAAGAUUUGAACUCAGCUACUUGAUCAAAUUCCGUUUAUAUGAGCCAGAGAAACAUGAAACUUUAAAAUUCAGCUUUUGACUGCUGGGUGUGGUGGCACUCAGGCAGUAGAAACAGGUGGAUCUCUGAGCUCCAGGCCAGCCUGGUCUACACAGUGAGUUCCAGGACAGCCAGGGCUACAUAGUGGGACUCGGUCUCAAAACAACAAAAAAGCCAAAAUAAUUUAGUUUUUGUUAAAAUGAAGGUUAUUAGAAUUUUUUUUUCCAAAUUUGGUUUCUAAGAAUUUUAGGAAGAGGAAAUUUUAUUUUAUUUUGCCAGUUUUGUACAUGUAGUAUCUAGGAAAAUGAAUGUAUUUGUUUUUAUACUUUUCAUGCUAAAACUAUUUCAUUGUAAUGUUUGUAUAGAAUGUUUUGUUUUAAUGUGAAUUUCUAGUUUAGAACUCCAUAUAAAGCUACCAAAUGAGCCAGCUUUUGUUUUUUUAAGUGUGUGUGGAGGUUCUUGCUGUGUAGUACAGGCUGGCCUCAAAAUCAUUAUUUUCCUGUUUCCAUUUCCCAAGUGCUAAGAUUACUGGUAUGUAUCAUCAUAUCCACAGCUAGUUAACAGCUGAAGAUAGUAUCUGUGGACUUCAGAGGCAGGUCUUGACAUUCUCUAGCAAUUAGAUUUUGAGGGGAGUGCUUGUUCCUCUCUAAGGGGAUUUGCCUCUAGAUCUUGAAGCACAUUCCUGGCUGGUUAUGAAUAGUUAGAACUAUGUUUUAGAGAGCAUGCUAAUAAUGUGAGUAUAUUAUUUUGUUUAAUUUUGAAAAAAAUCUGAAAGGACUCGCCAUGUAAAGUCAAUACUUUGCUAAGCACACAUAACAUCAAACUGUGAUGAGGUUGACAUCUACAUUUAGGCAUGUUGUAAUUCUUAAGGCCAAGCAUUUUGUGACAGUGCACUAUCUGAUGGUAUUUGUGCCACAAGUUAACCCUCGGAGACAAGGAUGCUGGGAGAGGAAGGGGAACAACAGUCAUCAUGGAGGCUGCCUUGGGACGUACUUCCUUUUAUUCAAAGCUUGAUUUCAUUACUCUUAAAAGGCAACAGAAGACUCUCCAUGCUUCAUGCUUGAAUUUCUUGUCACUAUAUCAAAACAGAUUUUUUUUUCCCCAUCUUGAAACAGGGUUUCACUGUGUAGCCCUGGCUCUCCUGGAACUCCUUCUGUAGACCACCAGGCUGGCCUUGAACUCAUCUGCCUCCUGAGUGCUAGAAUUAAAGGCAUAUGCUACCACCAACUGGCUAGAGAUUUUUUAAUUAAAUUGUAACAUUUCGUGUCCAUUUCCAAAGACAAAUACAUAGAGGAUUAUUGAGUUUUUAACCAAAAUAAUUGAUAACAAAUAUGCCUUUAGGUAUUGGUAUUACAGAUAAACAUUAGAGCAAAAUAUUUUCAUAGUGUGGUUAUUAAAAGAACCAAAGAAUGUUGUAAGUACACAUUCUUACAGAACUACACUUUACAACCAAAUUGAUUAUAUACCUAUCAGUAAAACUAUCUACACGGACUUUUGGCUAGUAUGCAAAUAUGAUUUCAUUCUGUGUAAAUAGACUGUAAAAAUAUAGUAUCUACUAAAACUGAAUUACUGCUAAGAAAUUUUAUGCACAAAAAUAAAGCCCUCUUGAGGGCCAGUGUCUGAAACAUAGUACCUGGGAAUUGUUCCUUUAACAGAAGAGCAUUUUAUGAUGCCAGCCCUGUGACUAAGCUCUUAAUAUUUACGAUAGACAGGAAGAGCACUGUUGCUGAGAAAAACUGAAGUUAAUAGCCUUGCCUCAUCUGUUGCCCCUCUCAUAGAUGGAGGCCACUAUUUCAAUUUAUCCACAGUUGAGACUGUGCUAUGUAUGUCAAGGUCAGACUUGGCUGUUCUCCACAUUUAGGAUAUAAAGGAUUAUUCUGUCAGGGAGUGGGCUCUCACACUUGAAAUGGCAUUCUGGUCUCUGCAGCCCUUUGUCAGAGGUGGCUUUGAAUUAUAUAGAAAGGUAGUCUCAAGUCUUUAGCUAACUUUGGGAUAUAAUGGUUGUUGUUAAACAGCAACAAGAGCAUUAGUUUCCCACUCUCUUGCUUCUCAGAGUGGGUGAAUGGUAUGGUGCCUCAUAUGCUCUAAUAUUUCAGUGAAGACUGAAGAGUUACAGGAUGAGAAUGAAAUUGGAAAAGAGGCCCUUAACUAAAAAGGUUGGUACAGAAAGAAUAAAAGGGAAAUGUGUCAGAAGGUACUUGGACAAAAUGUGACUGAUAUAGAAGAUGGAAGUUGUCCCCUGCCCCCAUACACUUUUGCUUCUAAAUAGAAAAGAAGGUGAAUUUGUACUGCAGGGGGUGCCACACAUUUGAACAUGGAAAUUCGCAUUUCUAGUUGGGGCUCUAUUCACAAUUUACCUCUCAGUGUUUGUGCUUUCCUGCAUUCUCCAGAUUUUCAAAGAUUACCCACAAAAGAUUAGAAAAAAGACAUGUUUACAAAAAUCAUUACUAUGUAAUGAUUUUUAAUUAUUAAAUGGCUUGUGGUAUAAUAUUACUGGUGAUUGGUAUGCAGAAAAAGGAAAAAAACUGAAUGCUACUGUGAAAUAGGCAUAUUUUUAGUUAUUUAUUGUGUACUUGGUCCUAAAAACAUCAGUUGUAUGUUAUCCUCAAGCUGCUGUGAGUUGAAUGAAGAGCUGUGUCUGCCAGUGAUAUUUGGGCUACUUUUAUGAUAAUGGCCUUUUCAUCCUCCUAACUAUACUGUCAACUAGAUUGCUCUUAGCCCAGGAUAUUAGCAAGUCAUGUUAGGUGCUACUAACAAAUAUUGGAUGCAGUCAAUAUAGGGAUUAAAAAGUGUAAGAGUCUAUUGCUAUGAAUGGUUAGUUAACUACAUGUUGUAGGCAGGAUGUUGACACUAUGAAGUGUGGAAACUUGGUACUGAAAAGACUGAACUCAAACUUCAUGGGUUUUGUUGAUGCCAUGAUGAAAAUGUGAAUAAAACAGUUCUUUAACAUGACUGUGGGGAUAUCAGGUUCUGUUAAACUGUCAUCAUUGAUGACAACAGCAUUUCCCAGUGGAAUUUAGAUGCUAGUGUUUGCACUUUGUAUUUAAGUGAUGUUAGAUUUUGUUGGAGUUGAACUCAAAUAUUUUGUCUAGAAUUGUGCUGCUACAAUUAACAAUCUGUUCAUAGAUCCCUGUAACCCUGAAGACAGCUGGCCCAGUAACCCAGGCAGUUAAAACAAAUGACAUUUUUGUUUUUGACACCUGAAGUUCCAUAAAAUUAAGUAGCAGUGUUCUGGUGACUAUAAUGUAAGAUGCCAAACAAUUUGAAAUGUUAAGAUUUUGCUUUUGUUAUUAUAUAUGUAUUCAAAGGGAGGUGUAGGUUAUAGCUUCUAUUAAAAAGAACUUUCUAUUGGAAAGUUGCAGGGAUCUCAUUAGGAAACUGCUUUUGCUUUAACUUUGUUAAAAAGGUAAAUUUUGUUUUAAGUGUGUAUUUUUAACUGUUUUAGUCUUGUAUAUUAGGAGAUAUUUAUGUGAUACAAAAAUAACUAUUAUCUUUCCAAGGCUAACUACAGGUGUUUUGUCUCUUUGAAUUGAGAUCGUUGUCUGCAAGAACAGUGUAGGGAGAAAGGGGAGACAAAAUAUUCAUUUAUAUAAACCUAAGAAUAGUCUACCAUGUCUAGUUAUUUUGAUGCCUAGUUAAUGUUUUCCAUAUGUACUUCUGUUAAACAUUUCAGCUUUACUGUUCUUGACACAUUCUCAUUGGUUUUAUUACCUCUAGAUUGAACUCUCUCAACUGUGAUUGUGUGUAUCUGAUGUGCAAUUUAUUAUCCAAUAAAUGUUAUUUUAUGAUGGCAA